ACAAAAGACGUGAAACGUUUUCUACCAAGAGCAGAUUUUUCAUCAAAUCGUUGCAAUAAAUUUGAGUUUUGCUUCUUGCGGUCCAAGUGAAGAUAAAAAGAAAGAAAAGGGUCCAUCAAAUUUUGUGAUGAUCUUUUUAGCAAAAAAAAAAAAAAAAUUUGUGAUGAUCAAUCAACACUAUCAAGAGUGGUACUCAAUUCCCAAGAAAAAGGUCAAAAACGGGAACAGAAAUCUAAAAGGUUUAGUUUACAAUCAAUUCACUGAUAUAUGUGAUUCAUCUGUAUCUUUAUUCUCAUUUAUUCUGUGCAUACCGUGUGUGUAUAUAUAUAUAUACACGUACAUAAUGCAUGAAGGAUGUAUCUAAAGAGUCGAGAGCAAAUCCAACCAUCGAAGAAAGAAAGAAAGUGAAGAUAUGUCGGCAUCUGACAAGAAGAAGUCGUCGGUUCCGUCGUCGGUUCCGUCGUCCCAUGUUACCCUCAAAGUUAAAAGUCAGGAUGAUGUAGAUGUGUACUUCCGGGUUAAGAGGGACGUUGAGCUCCGUAAGAUGAUGGAAGCCUUUUCCCACAAAGUUGGAAAACAAAUGUCUGCCUUCGUCUUUCUUUUCGAUGGAAUCUAAUCUAUUAAAAUAGAGUCCUAUUUUUUAUCUACCAUUUACCAGUUAUCAUUUAUUUUUGGACUUCCAUUAGAAUAGCACGUGUUUGGAUAUAGAAAUGUGUUUGGUUCCUUGGAUAUCUAUCUAAUCUAUUAAUUUAGGGUUCUAUUUUUAUCUACCAUUAGCAAGUCAUAGUAGGACCACCUACAGAAAUAGUUAAGAUGACAUAUUUGAUUACUUACAUUAAUAAUAAACCAACUAUAAAUUUAAAUUAUAACAAAAUCUGUUGAGAAAGAAUCUAACAAAAUCUUACUUAAAAUUUAAAUAUUUUUAUAAAAUAAUAUAUUAAUUAAUUUCGUAAUCAAUAAUAUAAUAUUGUUAUAAAUCAAUGUUAACUAAAAAUUUUUAUAAAAAAAGAAAAUAAAAAUUAUAUAAU